AUGAUUAAAAAAUCGGACCGAACGGGUUUAACCGGAACCAGUGCUUCUCCCGGUUUGAGGAUAGAGAACUGUGGAGAACCUCACAAUAUAUUCUUGCAAACUCAUCAGGUGGCAGAGAAAGUUGCAGAAGGAGAGUUAGAUAGUGGCUUUGCUAUUGUCAGGCCUCCAGGGCACCAUGCUGAGGCAGAUGAAGCCAUGGGAUUUUGUUUAUUCAACAAUGUAGCAGUUGCUGCUAGUUAUUUACUAAACGAAAGACCGGAUCUAGGUAUCAAGAAAAUUCUGAUCGUUGAUUGGGAUGUUCAUCAUGGAAAUGGUACACAGAAGAUGUUCUGGAAAGAUCCUCGUGUACUAUUUUUCUCUGUUCAUAGGCACGAGUAUGGAGGUUUCUAUCCAGCUGGUGAUGAUGGAUACUAUAGCAUGGUUGGGGAAGGUACAGGUGAAGGUUUCAACAUAAACGUUCCAUGGGAGCAUGGAAGAUGUGGAGAUGCAGAUUAUCUUGCUGCAUGGGACCAUAUCUUGAUUCCUGUGGCGAAGGAAUUUAAUCCGGAUAUUAUUUUGUUGUCAGCUGGUUUUGAUGCAGCUAUUGGUCAUCCUCUUGGGGGUUGUCGUGUUUUCACUUUUGCUAAUCAAUCGUUUUAA